UUUUCUAAUUUUCGAUUAUUUAGACAAAUACGAACAUGAUUUUGAUGAAAACAUUAUUCGUCAACAUCAUAAAUCAUAUGGUUUUGAAAAAAUCGAUUCUUGCCUUGUUCUCACGAAAGUCAAUAAUGAAGAACAUAUUCCAACUCAGCUUCAUGACCUAAACUCUGUUCUCUUAAUGAGGAUGUAUGUUUAUGAACCAGGUGACGGAUUUUGUGGUAACGGAGCCAGAGCUGUUUCAAAAUAUUGCUUUCAUCAUUAUAGAAAAUUGUAUAAUCAAUUUAUUAUUUCAACCGAUGGUUGGUUGCAUGAACUACUUGAACGAGGUGAACAUGAACAGGAUGAACAAGAUGUUGAAUAUCUUGUUGAAAUGGGCGAAUCGUUGUAUCAUGAUCCAGCUGGAGAUUUUAUUGAGAAAGGAAUUUUAGAUAAAGAAGGAAAGUUCAUUCAUAGUAAUGUUACUUGGCAUUACGUUAAUACGUCAGAGCCUCAUCUUGUUACUUUUGAUAAAAUUGAUGAUAAGGAAUUGAUUAGAAUUGGAAGUUCUUUUAAUCAAGAACCGAACAAGUUUCCAAUCGGGAUAAAUUUAAAUAGAGUUUUGAAUAUUGACCAAUCGACAAUUAAUGUACUCACCUUUGAGCGAGGUAUUAAUCGAUUGACUCCGGCUUGUGGGAGUGGUUCAACAAGUAGUGUUGCUUUGGCAAAGCGUUUAGGUUUUAUAGACCAAGCCGUGAGUAAGGUCACAGUUAAAGUAAGGGGAGGUCAUCUAACUGUUAUUAAUGAAAAAGGUAAAGUUUAUUUGAGUGGUCCAUGUUUAGUUGAAGGUAUAGAUAAGGAAGUAUCCAAAAAUGUAAUGUAAGAAUGUCCAGAUUAUAAAAUGUGAUUAGGUGAUGAUCUGGUUUAUUAAUAAAUUUUAACACUUUUCAUUUAUCUUACAUUAAUAAUAGUUUAUUGAAAAACUAAUUGACAAAUUAUGAUGUAUUUAAAAGUUCAUUUUAUUUUUUUUUUUAUGGACAAAAGAAAAACAAAAGGCAAUAAUAAAAAAGGUUUGAAGAUGAUAUAAUAA